CGAGUUGUGGCGUUACUGUGCAUGCCUAGAGAGGAGUGCCGUGCCGGUUGCAAAGAGGUGGGUGUAGGAAGACCAUGCACUAGUUCAGGGACGGUGGAGCUGUGUAAUUACGCGAUUUGCAGAACUGCCUCUCAUGCAAUUUUGGUAAUAAAGCUGAUUUAUCCACCAAACUACCAUAACAAUGACUCCACAACAAUCACAGUUACACAAGCCACACCAAUUAAUUUUGUGGUUACAAAAAGAGAUCUGUGGCCUAGGAGUUAGCCACAAAGGCAGUGGUACAAAAGCAGCACACCACUGCAGUAGGCUACAUUUCUCCCUCAACAGCCUGAUCUGAGAGGUCUGUUCCAUGUGUUACUUCUGUGUGUAUCUGUGUAAACCUUAAUUGGGUCUGUCCCCUCUUUUAGCUUCGAGUGAAGAAUGGAGAACUCAAAUGAAGACCCACCUCCCUCUGCUCCAACACAGUUAUCCCCUCAACACCCCACCCCAGUCCAGCCUCCUAUUUAUAUCCUACAACUCCCCACUGACCCACCCCCACCCAGCUCCCUACCUACCCCGCCCAACACCCCACUCCUGCCCAGCUCCCAAUCUACCCCACCC